AUUGGCCUAGUAGUUGCAGCAUACUGGAUAAUUUCUAUAUUAACAGUAUUUAUAAACAAAGCGCUUUUAUCCAGUGAUACCAUAAACUUGGAUGCACCUCUUUUUGUCACAUGGUGCCAGUGUAUAGUAAGCUUAGUUAUUUGUGUAAUACUUAGUAGGCUAUCCAAAUGGUUUCCAGAGUAUGUUAAAUUUCCUGAUGGUAAUCCAUAUUGUAAGGAAACUCUUAGAAAGGUAUUACCUUUGUCUCUUUUAUUCACUGGGAUGAUUGCCACUAACAAUUUGUGUUUAAAAUACGUUGGUGUUGCAUUUUAUUACGUAGGACGUUCAUUAACAACUGUAUUUAAUGUCAUUUUCACCUACCUUAUACUUGGUCAAAAAACUUCUAGAAACUGCAUUGCAUGCUGUGGAUUUAUUGUGAUUGGUUUCUGGUUGGGUGUAGACCAAGAACACAUUGCAGGUUCUUUAUCUGUCCUAGGAACAAUCUUUGGUGUGCUUGGAUCAUUAACACUUUCUUUAUAUUCCAUUCAUAUGAAACAAGUUCUUCCUAAAUUAAACCAAGACAUUUGGCUACUUUCUUAUUAUAAUAAUGCAUACAGUGUUAUUAUUUUUCUUCCAUUAAUGAUAGCUAAUGGAGAACAUAUUACAGUGUACAAUUAUGAUAAAAUUGGAUCUUUAUUUUUUUGGUCUGCUAUGAUUGUUGGUGGUAUUUGUGGGUUUGCGAUCGGUUAUGUUACUGCACUUCAAAUUAAAGUAACAUCACCCUUAACACACAACAUUAGUGGAACUGCUAAAGCUUGUGCACAAACAGUAUUGGCGACUUACUGGUUCGAUGAAGCAAAGUCGUUUAUGUGGUGGACUAGUAAUAUGAUUGUGCUUGGAGCUAGUGCAAUGUAUGCUAGAUUAAGGCAAAUACAGUUAACUAAAGAGUACAAAGAGGAGAAAGAACAUCUAAAAGUAGUGUGUUGAAGUAGUACUGAAGUAAGGUAAAUAUUUUGUCACAUACCUAUCUAAAACAAAGUAUAUAUUUUGUGUACAUAUAAAUAUAUAAUAAAAAUACUAUUAUUUUUAAGUUUCAUUGUAUAAAAAUUUAUCUAGAAAUAAGUCUUAAUGAAGAGUAUAUUAAUAUUUUAUAAAAUAAAAUAUUAAGUAAAACACAUUUCUUAAUAUCUUGAUGAAAGACCACCUCCCCGACUGUCUGAA